AUGGUUGGUGCUUCCGUGGACAAAGAAACCACCUGCUCAGAGACUGCCCUUAAACACGAGGAGAAAAGAAAGGACGAAAAAGGUUUGCUCGAUCAUGUUUGUGGGGCCAAGCUAGGCAGACGUAGUAUUGGUCGGCUUGGGGUGCACCCACCAAAGCACCGGGCACGUGCCAGGUUUGAGCCAGCACGCACCCCCUGGGCCAGCUCUCCUGGAUCUUGGUACAGCCUGCGAAGCCACAACACAGAUAGGAGUACUCAUGAUCAGUUUGAGAAAAUCCCGAUGGAUGAUUAUGUUCGUGACGUGAAGAUUUCAACGGUGGAGAUUCGAUCUGAUCAUUUUGGUGGCGGCGUGGAAUCUAGGGCUGAGAUUGUCUAUCCGGAUGGGGAAGAAGCAGCAGCAGCAGACGAAGAAGAAGAAGCAGACGAUCAAGUUGUUGUUGAGGAUAAGAAUAUUGUUAAUGCUGUGGUGGUGUCGGACGAGAGUAAAAAUGAAGUGAUUGAUGAUUUUGUGAUAUCGAAGCCUACGCGGAUAAAGCGUAGUGAUUCAUUGGAUAAUAAUCUGUUGCUGCUGGACUAUCCGGAAGAGAAACCCCUGGUUUCUUCUAGGUUCGGACACCGGAAAGUUGUUAAAGCGAGUCCUGAAGGUGGAAGGGCGUUAAGGGUGGCCAAGCCCAAACGGCACGAGACGUUAGAGAACACAUGGAAAACGAUAACGGAGGGACGUGCUAUACCGUUAACAAGGCACGUGAAGAAAUCAGAGACGUUCAAGGACACGUGGGAGAAUCAGGGCAGUCAACUAGGUACAAGUCAAGUGGACCCACAUGCUGUGAAGAAAUCACAGACGUUUAAGGACAGGACCAAUUACCAGAUGCCACCUGUCAACUCAUCAUCUCCUGGGAAAUUAAGGAAAGAGCCUUCACUGAGUCAAGAUGACUUGAAUCGGCGAGUGGAGGCUUUUAUUAAGAAGUUUAAUGAGGAAAUGAGGCUGCAAAGGCAAGAGUCAUUAAAUCAGUAUAAGGAGAUGAUUAGCCGUGGAGGGCAUUAA